AUGGUCGACGGUCGGGAUCAUGCUGGGGCUACGAAUAAUAGAGAUAAGGGCGAGGCGUCUGUUGACGUGUUCCAGGUCCACGUGUACGCGUCUCAUUCGUCCACGCUCGUCGCGCUCCGGUCGCACAUCGCCGCGCUGGACGAGCAUUCGGCGCCGCCCAUCGCGGCGGAAUUCCUGGAAGAACUGCGACGCGUGAAGAAGCAUCUGAACCGCAACUCGUCAUCCUCCCCAUCCUCCCCUUCCUCCUCUUCCCCUACCUCCUCUCCUUCCUCCUCUUCCCCAUCUCCCUCCUCCUCCUCCCUCUCGUCCUCUGAGGAUCAGACCGCCGCACCUUCCCUUCCUCCUCCCCUCGCUGCGCUCCUCCCCAAGGCCCUCUCCGCUAAAAGCGCAUCCGUUAAAGGCACAUUCGCGCAAGCCUUCAACGCCGUGGGUUACGUGCGCAACGCCCUCAUUUCCUCGCACCUUCCUUUCGAGCCCGGGCGAGCUGACUCGAGGAAGAAUUCGUUUACGACGCGAUUCGCUACAGUCACAUUCACUAAGGAGGAAACGGCCGCCCUUCUGGCCGCAGCGGAGUCGCACGGAUGCUCCCUGUUCUCCCUGGAGUGCGCAGCAGGGCUCAAAGCUGCCGCCCGGAUGAAGCAGCUGGGCGGCAGAACUGAAGUGUUCAGCCUGGGAAGUGCCAUUGGUUGCCGCACCAUUCUCGACCCGCCCCUUCCCCAAACCGCCUUGGGCGAGUACAUGUCCAUGCUGCCUCUCAAGCAGGAGGUUUCCGAGAAGCUGCCCUUCUGGGACGUUGCCACGUCAAUCAGCGCCCAUGCUGAGUCAGCACUGCAGCGGCAGCAGCAGUUCACAGACAUGCCGGUUCUCGAGCUGCUCUUUUCCACGGCCAUGAAGAUGCCGAGCCUCUCCCCGGACCACUCCCUCCGAACCUGCUUCAUCACAGCCGGCAUGCUCGCACCCCUCAAGGUCAACUGGCAGCUAUCCAAACCAGAUGCCGAAGCUGGUGUGGAGGCUCGGGCCGAGGCAACUCAUUUGACAGGCAUGGGGUCGGAGCCGUUACAACUGGAGCAGGUGCUAGGCCCUGUCGUGUCUGCCCAUGGGGUCGGCCCUGCCAUUGCCAUUCCGGAUACCCUCUCGGUAAGUGAAGCGCAUUCAUUCAGUAACUCAACACACAUGGGAUCGGAGCAGGUACAACUGGAGCAGGUGCUCGGCCCUGUCGUGUCUGCCCAUGGGGUCGGCCCUGCCAUUGCCAUUCCAGUGCCUCGAGACUCAACCUGGAGUCCUGGGGGUGCCUGGGUGACUGGCAAAGGGAGAAGCACCCCCUACCCCUGCAGCUACAGUUGUGCAGUGCGCUCUAAAUUCAACCAGGAGUCCUGGGGGUUCCUGGGUGACUGGCAUAGGGAGAUGGACCCCCUACCCCUGCUGCUACAGCACCUGGAUGGUUCGGGUAACCCUGGUAGUUGGGUGGUCUUGUGUAUGAUGAAGGGUGAGGGUACCCGGGUGAUUGAUAUGAUUGAUGGUGUUGUGGAUGAUAAGGUGGGUGUUGCGAGGGAUGGGGCAUGUGGGAGGGGUAAUGAGGCCUCGAGGAGGGGUGGGAGGGCGUGGAGGGGUGGUGAUGGUGGUGGGUUGGGGGCGUGUAGGCAUGAGGACGCAUGGAUGGGGAUGGAGGGUGAGGGGAAUAAGGUCCCCAUGGGGAGGGAGAAUUGGAGUUUAGGUGAGUUGGGGUGGAAGGGUGAGGUGUGUAGGAGGGAUAGGAGGAGUGAGGAGGGUGAGAGGGGUGAGACGGUUGAGAGUGGUAAGAGGGAGUGCGUGGGGAGUUAA